CUCAGUUCUUUAUUUAGUAGUAAGCGAAUGCUAUAACACUUCAUGUUCCCCCUUGCCUUUCCCUUUUUCUGAGCCAUGAAACAAACAUGUCCCUGGUGUCUUUGAUCCUCAAUUCUACAAUACCGUAAAAACUGGAGGGAAGUGUGCACUUUUUAGGUUGUACAGACUGAUGGUGGUUUGGUGGGUUUUUUUGUAUCUGCCUUUAAAAUUGUGAAGCGCCUUUUUCUAACUUUACUUUCAAGGGGGUUAAUAAUUCUUUUUUUUUUUUAAAGCUACUGGAAAAACUUUUAAGUACGAUGAAGGAAACGACAUGUGAGAAGUAGCGUGUCCCUCAACACGUUACCAUCUUCUCCGUGUGGCUUUCCUGGUGGUGGGGCUCCACGCUGCUCCUCAAUCCCUCCCAUCCCCCGUCCCUUCCUAAUGCCUCAACCUUUGCGCAGGGUGACGAUGCUCGUGAUGUUUACAUACGCCUGGUAGUUUUGGGUUUGUUUGGGGGUUUUUGUUUUGUUUUGUUUUGUUUUUCCCGCCUCGAUUUUUACCUCGCCAUCUCCACUGAAGGCGACGCUCCCCUGCCCCAGGCCGUGCCGUGUAUCGCGACGCGCGGCGACAGAGCCCACCGCCUGACAGCCCCUGCCCUCAGCCGCCCUCUUUCGACGCCGGCCGUUGGGAGCGCGGCGGCCGUUGGCCUCGCGCGCCGGCGGCGGUUGCUCGGCGACGGGCUCGCGCCUUGGCUCCGCCUCUUCCCCGCCGCGCCGCGCGGCGCCUGCGUCUGACGUCAGGGCGCCGGCCUGUGGCGGCGGCUGGGAAGGGGGGGUGGCCGCCAUGGCCAUCUGUCAGUUCUUCCUCCAGGGCCGCUGCCGCUUCGGCGAGAGGUGCUGGAACGAGCAUCCCCGCGGCGGGCGCUACGGGUCCUCCGCACCCCACUACCAAGGCACUAGCAGAGGAGGAGGAGGAGGCAACGCGUGGGGUACUGCUAACCAGAGAUACACUAAUGUUAUCCAGCCAUCUACCUUCAAGUCUAACGCAUGGGGUGGCAGCAGAGAUCACGGAAGAGGAUUUUUUGGCUCCUCUGAUUUUGGAUCAUCAGGCGGCGGCAGCAGAAAUGCAGACUUUUCGCAGAACAGAUUCUCUGCGUUAAUGAGCAGUCAAAAUAUUGCUGAUGGCUAUAAAGAUGAAGAGGAGAGGCUUCUCGAAUGUGUAGCCAAAGACAUGGAAAUUUGGGAAACUUCAGGACAAUGGAUAUUUUCAUCUUAUUCACCAAUGAAAGAAAAGCCAAAUGUCUCAGGCUUUACAGAUUUCUCACCAGAAGAAUUGCAUCUGGAGUAUUAUAACUGUAGAGCAAACAAUGAUGUUCAGAACUACAUAAAUUCUGUCCGACAGUUAGCGGAACAAUGGAAAAAUCGUCUGCUUCAGUUGAAAACUUUAAAUGCAUCGACAAAAGCGGCUUUGCUAUCUGAAUUAAAGAACACGGUCACUCAACCACUGCCUGCCUUUGGAUUUGGAGGACAGCAAACAUCAGGCUUCGGGUUGUCAAGCUUUCCUGUGAACAGCAGCAGUAACAGUGCUAGCAGUUUCUCCUUUAAAACAAGUUCCAGCCUCACCAGUGCAUCAUCUGGAAACACCCCUGCUUUUGGGAGCUCUUCUGCUGCUUGUAAUCCUCCUGCAUUUGGUGUGACGGCCUCUCCUAGUGUGUCCCAUUCUGUUGGUUUUGGCAGCCCGGCGGCUCCAUCCGCAGCCUCCUUCUUGUUUAAAACUUCUGAAACAACUAGUGGUUUUGGAACUUCGGGGUUUUCAGGGUUUGGCAAUUCUGCUGCUGUGAACUCUUCAGGCACCACUCCACUUACAGCCUUCGGAGCUUUUAACGCAGCAGCGGCAGCUUCUCCCUCCUCUUCAAGCAGUACUUUAUUUGGACAGACCGCCAGUGCCUCUGGACAUAACAUAACAUCAGCAUCUUCUGCAGUCACAAACAAUACUACAUCAGAAAAGUUAUUUACACCAAAGAGCGAAUUAUCAGCUGAAGAGUUGAAACAAUUUGAAGCAAAAAAGUUUACAAUGGGAAAGAUUCCUCUCAAGCCACCACCAUUAGAACUUUUAAAUGUUUAGGACUUCCAAAUUUAUUCUGAAAUAAUAUGUAACUUCUGUGAUAGGUCAACUACGCAAUUUUGUGGUUGAGUAAUGAAAUAAAAUGCUUCCUUUUGAGUUAAUUUUCGUUUCAAAUCUAAGUGUUCUGCAAUUAUAAACUCAAAGGUAUAAACACUUGAACGUUGUAUUUUAUCAUUUCUUGGUUAUUUUGGAAUGGACCUUUUACAUCCAAGAAAUGAACUAAUGAAAAUAAUUUAAAGUUCUCUCUCAUAUUCUGGGCAAAAACUAUAUUAAAAAGGCUUUGUUAAAAGUGAGAGUGCUUCGGUGAGGUAUUCGCAUCCAAAUGGAUGCAGUUCAAGACUGCUUGUUGUUGGACCACCUUGUCUUCUCCCCCUUAUUUAAAGGGUUUGUGCAGCCUUGGACAAUUGUGUUUGGAGACAGAGGGCUCCUGUGUGGCACCUCACUAAUGUGCUUCUGUCACCUGGGAGUCAGCUGCCUCUCCCAAUUGAUGCAGAUCAGCUCUUGUUGUUCUGCUUGAGGGCGUAAUGCAUGCAUUAACGUAACAGCUGGGGGAGAACAGCCUUGAAAGCAUUCAUCAGGAAUAAGGAGCUUGUGGUUUGCUAUUUUGACACCUCUUGGAUUGAAACUUCGCAAGCAAUUGUAAAACUACAUACUACAUUUAUGUGAAUUGUUAGAGUUCUGUUGUCUGGUUUGCAAAACUUGAUGGGUGCAUAUAUUAGCAGUACCUUUUCUGAAUUAAUGAUAUUAAGGUAUAUAUUUUGCCAAGAUACUAUAAAGCAAGGGUUAGAAAUCUUCUAGAGGAGGUACUGGAGUCAGGUGACUCUAGUCAAGAACUCAUUUGUUCUUGACCAGGCCCUCCCAUUAAUGGUAUAAAAUCACCAAACCUCAUAUUUAAGAGGAAAGCAUAAGUUUACUCCAGGAUAUAUAUAAAUAAAUUGAUUGUUUCUUUCAUACUUGCAGAUAACAUUUCAGUUCUCGCUAUGGACCCCAUAGUUCUACUUAAAACUUUACUACAGCUGUGUUUCCUACCAAAGGUCCAUAGCAUACUGGCUUGCUAAAACGAUGUCAUAGAAUCAUAGAAUGGUUUAGGUUGGAAGGGACCUUAAAGAUCACCUACUUCCAACCCCCCUGCCAUGGGCAGAGACACCUCCCACUAGACCAGGCUGCUCAAAGCCCCAUCCAGCCUGGCCUUGAACACUUCCAGGGUUGGGGCAUCCACAGCUUCUCCGGGCAACCUGUUGCAGUGCCUCACCACCCUCAGAGUGAAAAAUUUCUUCCUAAUACCUAAUCUAAAUCUCCCCUCUUCCAGUUUGAAGCCAUUACCCCUCAUCCUACCACUACAUGCCCUUGCAAAAAGUCCCUCUCCAGCUUUCUUGUAGGCUCCCUUCAGAUACUGGAAAGCUGCUAUAAGGUCUCCCUGGAAUCUUCUCUUCUCCAGGCUGAAUGUGAAUGAACUCAACAUUUAGGCUGGCAGGCCGUGGGUAGGCACUUUGCAGGCUUAAUAGAAAUCCAGGUUCCUCAGUCUACGUACUUAGUGUAGAUGUACCAGAACCUUGUGUAUGUUAUAGCACUGGGUUGUUUAGAUGGAUUUUUCUAGUGACUGUUUUGUAGAUGAAAUAAGGCAUCUGGGUUUUGUUAUUGUUGUUAAUGACCCAGUGCAGGCUUUCUGUAACUCACAAACAAAAUACUGAUACAUUGGCCUAGAGUUCCAUUUAAUUCUUAUGAAAUGUGUUUUUUCCAAGUGGGGUCUCCAGAGCAGUACUACGACUUGUACAAAUUAAGGCAUGUACAUCUGUCAGGGGUCACUUAGCUCGGGAUUCGUUAUGCCAGUUACUCAGAUUUUGGCGCAGGAACCAAGGAACAUACUAAAAUCUGUUAACGCCGCUGUAGUUCAGAAAUCCCCCCUCUUUACAGAAGUUGUUAAACUCACUUUUGUAAAAAGUUAGUAUUUAACAACAACCAAACAAAAACAAGUUUGUGGUUUGUCAGAUGAAUGCUGUAAUCUGCCUGAGCUCAUUCUAUUACAUCCUAUACCCUUUCCUGUAUUUCAUUUGUGAAGCCUCAGUGGUUGUCAAACCCAAUUGUAUCAGAAAGCUACAAGGGUGGGUUUUUUAAGUUCCUAUAUUUAUUAUUAUUAUUUGUAUUAAAGCAGCACUGUAGCAUGGCAAGAGUGUAUUUUGGGGGAAAAGGUACAGAAUUAAGCCCUGCUGAUAACCUUAAGGAUCCCGUGGCGUGUUUCAGAGGGCUGUGGAUUGUUCUGUCUUACGUUUAAAGUAGUAAUAGUUUUGAAGUCACCUGUGCUGUUUUCCUAAUGCUCGUCCUCUUAAAUGGCUACUUUGACAAACAAAAACAGAGAGGAACGUUCUAAGUCACAGUUAAGGACGGGCUACCUCUGACCAAUGCCAAAGCCAUCUUUACUAAGUCGAAUUGUCUUUAUACACAAGGCUACUGCGAGAUUUUUGAGCUUGUGUACCUGAGGGCUGCUGCUGUGCUAUGUAAGAGCUUAAAGCAGCUUCCUUUUCAACUUAAGUGACAAGCUAGAACCUUUAGUCUUUCCCCGAGUAUCUCAGCAGGUUGUUGCUGCUAAGCUGCACUAAGAGCUUUCACGGCUCAAAAGUGCACAAGUGCUUUUUAAAGUGGAAGUGUUUAGCCUUAAAAAAAUAAAAAAAAUAAAAAAAAAAUUGUAAGGCCAUGAAAAAUCUGAAUAAUCUACUGUACGUACCCAAAAGAACAUUGGCUAGAUGUUUUCAAACAUCCUUCUAACCUACAGGCACCUAAGUGCGAGAAAGGAAUUUUGAAGUCUUAGGUCACCUUGCCAUUAAGAAAUAGAAAGGUUAAGGGAGGUAUUCCUAAUUUAGAUGACAAUACAUUUAAGAAAUCACGUUUGAUCAAAUUUUUUGAACGAGUG